GCUGGCGUUUCCGCCGUGAAAGGGCUCCACUGCCCUGGGCUUGGAGAUGCGGUGUUGUCUGCUCUUGGGUACCUCUGAGUCUGGGCUAGCAGAAACAUGAGUGACUCGGGAGGAGAGAGCCCGCGUCUCAGGCGCUACCCUAGGCUCCCGGUGUGGGUGGUGGAGGAUCAUCAGGAGGUUCUGCCUUUCAUAUAUCGGGCCAUAGGUUCAAAGCAUCUUCCUGCCAGUAAUAUAAGUUUCUUACAUUUUGACUCACAUCCAGACCUCCUUAUUCCUGUGAAUAUGCCAGCAGACACCGUGUUCGAUAAGGAAACACUGUUCGGAGAAUUAAGUAUUGAGAACUGGAUUAUGCCUGCAGUUUAUGCUGGCCAUUUUUCUCAUAUAAUAUGGCUUCAUCCCACAUGGGCUCAGCAAAUCAGAGAGGGCAAACAUCACUUUUUAGUAGGCAAAGACAAUUCUACCACAACAAUCAGAGUUUCAAGCACAGAUUAUUACUUCCUAAGUGAUGGCCUUUUUGUACCUGAAGACCAGCUAGAGAACCAAAAACCAUUACAGUUGGAUGUGAUUGUGGUAAAACCUUAUAAACUCUGUAACAGUCGAGAUGAAAAUGACUCUGUGUCUUCUGCAAAGAAGCCCAGGCUAGUACUAGAAGAUAGCGAGAAUGCUGCUGCCGCUGACCGGACCUCUUCCUCAGCAGGACUGGGGAAGGACGCAGUGACACCAAGUGACCCUGCAUGCCAAGAGCCAUCAUGCUUGUGUUCUUCCGGAAGUCAUAGUGCUGCUAACACUGAGGAGAUUCUAGAGAUUUUGAAAAAUGGAGAUGCGUUCAUUUUAGAUAUUGACUUGGAUUUUUUUUCCGUCAAAAAUCCCUUCAAAGAAAUGUUCACUCAGGAGGAGUAUGAAAUUCUACAAGAGCUUUACCAAUUUAAAAAGCCUGAUAGUAACCUAACUGAGGAAGAUUUGGUAGAUAUUGUUGAUACUCGAAUUCAUCAGUUAGAAGAUUUAGAAGCCACUUUUGCUGAUCUGUGUGAUUGUGAUAAUGAAGAAACUGUACAGAGAUUGGCUUCAAACCCUGGAAUGCAAUCACUAGUUCCGCUUGUACAGAGUUUGAAAAAACGGAUGGAAGCACCAGACUAUGAAAUGGUUCACCAGGCUGGUCUAACUUGCGAUUAUUCAGAACUUCCUCAUCAUAUCAGCACAGAACAAGAAAUUGAGCAUCUUAUCCAGUCUGUGUAUUAUUUACUAAAAAAUUUACCAAAACCUACUCUUGUAACAAUUGCAAGGUCAAGUCUGGAUGAUUACUGUCCUUCUGAACAAGUUGACACCAUUCAGGAAAAGGUCCUCAGUGUGCUGCACUCACUCUACGGGACUCUGGACACUCACCUGAUGUAUUUAGCAGACUCUCCUCCGUCUUGAAACAAAGCAAUAGUCUCCUAUGCAUUUUGGUAUGGAAACAGGGCUUUCAUUAAUUUAUUUGUGAAUUUUGCAGAGAACACUUUUUAUGCUAACUUCCUGUUGAAAUUUUUCAGAUUUUUUGAAUCUAGAUAUCAGUUCUUGAAUAGUGGCAAUUGGGCUAGAGAUGGGGCUGCUUCUUUGGUUUUUUUGCAUUUUUUUUUUUUUUUUUUUUUUGGUUUGAGACAGGGUCUCACUGAGACCCUGGCUGACCUAGAACUCACUAUGUAGACCAGGCUGGCCUUGAACUCACGUAGGAUCCACAUGUCUCUUAUCUCGAGUACUGGGAUUAAAGGUGUCUGCAGCCACACCCGGCCUUGUUUCUUUGUUUUGUUUUGUUUUGUUUUCUUGUUGUUUUGUAUCAAGUCUACUAACCCCAGUUGAUGGAGACUGUUGGUUAGCUUUCUUGCUUUCCAUCACUGUCUUCAUUUUUAUGAGGGAUUUUUUUUCCCCCACUAUAUCAUUUGGACUUUGUGAGAUUUAUUUAUUCACUCAGCAAAUAUUUAUUAAGCACUUAAAUAUUCCAGACACUAUUAAAUGCUGGGUAUAUGGCAAUGACCAGAAUAAACUAAAUACCAUCCCCCUGGAGACAUCUGAGAAACAAAUAAUGAUCUGUGAACAGUGAAGGGAAGAAAGGAAACCACAUGUGUCAGGCCUGCUCAUAGUUCUCAGGAUACCCUGUCCUUAUAGAAAAGUUACAUUCUCAAAAGUACUGAAAGAGAGGAAAAAUAUCCUUGGCGAUCCAUGAAAAUGUUACAGGAAGUAUGCCUGCCCAAGGAUGUUGGCAUUGUGGCCAGGCUUUUGUUAAAUGUUCCUCAGCACU